AGAGAGAGAGAGAGAGAGUAGGGUUUUGGGUUUAGAAUCAGAAAGUGUUGCUGAAGAUAAUUUGAGGGAGAAAUCAGAAAUGUGGAGAUCCGUUUUCUGGAGGUCGCAAAAUGCGUCUCGGAACCUCGCCGUUACUCGAUUCUCGAAGAAGGAGACCCAGACUCCAUUGUUAACCUCCCUUUCCAGAUUCUCAUACCUCGAGUCGUCUGGAAAUGCUUCUUCCCGAAACAUCAGGUUCUUCUCCUCGGGCCCUCCUAUGGAAGAGAACCCAGUCUCGUUACCUGCGGAUGAGAUCCCAAUCUCGUCAGCCGCAGAGCUUACUCUUGAAAAAUCGAAUCUUUCCGAUUUGAGUAUUGCAGAAACUGGCGAUUUUGAUGUGAAUGGUGGUACUUCCGUGGACGCCAUUGGUGUUGUUGGUGAAGAUGGAGAUUCGGAGAUUGUUGCAACUGAACCUUCUGACGAUGGAUCCGCAGUAGAAAACGAGGUUAGCGAGGUGUACCAAUUUGAUGACGAAAAGUUAGAAUCUGUACUGUCUUUGUUACGGAGUGAUGAAGAGUCCUUGGAGUUUGGUCUUAAGGCGCUUAAUGUCGACUUACACUUAGAUUUUGUGGCAAGAGUGUUUGAAUCCCCAGGAAUUCCAGCUAAGAAUUUGAUGAGGUUUUUGAAGUGGGCAACUGCGAAAGAAGAGAUUACUAUUAACACCUCACUUGUGGAGUCUCUUCUUGUAGCCAUUACUAGUGAUACACGUAGAAUGGAUGCUUAUGGUUUGUGGGAUUUGGUUAAGGAGAUUGGUGAGAAGGAGAAUACUAGUGUUUUGAAUUUGGAGAUAUUGAAUGAAUUGAUUGCCUUGUUUGGGAAAAUUGGUAAAUCCAAAGCUGCUUUUGACGUGUUUAGUAAAACCGAAGAGUUUGGGUUUACUCCGAAUGCGAAAACAUAUUAUUUGACAUUGGAGGCGCUUUGUAAGCGGUCGUUUAUGGAUUGGGCAUGCUCUGUAUGUGAGAAAAUGCUUAAGAGUGGUGUGUUACCAGAGGGAGAUCAGAUGGGAAACAUCAUAACUUGGUUUUGUAAGGAAGGGAAGGCCGAAGAGGCGUAUGCGGUUUACGAAUUGGCAAAGACGAAAGAGAAAUCUGUGCCUCCUAGAUCUGUGGCUACUCUGAUAAGUGCUCUUUGCAAAAGUGAUGGGACUAUUACGUUUGCUCAGGAAAUGUUGGGUGAUUUAUCUGGAGAAGCUAGGCGACAUGGGAUAAAACCAUUUUCUGAUGUUAUCCAUAGUUUAUGCAGGAUGAGAAAUGUUAAAGACGCUAAAUCUUUGCUUUUAGAUAUGAUUUCUAAAGGGCCUGCUCCUGGGAAUGCGGUUUUCAAUUUGAUUGUCCAUGCUUGUUCGAGAAAUGGAGAUCUGGAUGAAGCAAAAGAGGUUUUGAAGUUGAUGGAGAGUAGAGGUUUGAAACCAGAUGUGUACACAUACACUGUCAUCAUUAGCGGUUAUGCUAAAGGAGGGUUGAUGAACGAAGCUCAAGAGAUUCUUGCCGAGGCGAAAAAGAAGCAUAAGAAGCUUAGUCCUGUGACAUAUCACGCACUUAUCCGAGGUUAUUGCAAGAUUGAAGAAUAUGACGAAGCACUGAAACUUUUGAAAGAAAUGGAUCGUUUUGGGGUGCAGCCUAAUGCUGAUGAGUACAAUAAGCUGAUACAAUCAUUUUGCCUCAAAGCUUUAGAUUGGGAGAAAGCAGAGAUGCUGUUUGAGGAGAUGAAGCAGAAAGGCUUACACUUGAAUGCGAUUACUCAGGGGCUUAUAAGGGCAGUUAAAGUGAUGGAAUCUGAAGCCAAGGUAACGGAAAAUGGCAACUUACUUGCUGAAGCAUAGAAUUUUUAUCCCAGAAAAUGUUUUUCUUGGUUUGAAAUCCCAGAAGAUACCUGGUUUGUUCUUUUGUUGCUGGAAUUAUCUUUUGUAUUCCAGUAUUCACCAAUAAGCCUUCACAGUGUUCAAUCAAGAUUCGGUACAUUUUUCUUUUAGCUUUUGAUUUAAGAAGUGAUUCAGUUUACCUUGGUCGUUGUUCUGUUUGCA